AACUCAUGGCAACGACAAUACUGCCCCUCCACUUUACUUUGCUAAUGCUAUUAAGUGCGUGGUGUCCGGAGUAUUGGUCUUCUGGCAAAAAGUUUAUCUACCAUAUCUACUCGCUGAUGAUAAUAGUUUCGUUAAUCAGCUUAAACAGCUUCCAAAUGGCCAAAUUAUUUUUCGUCAAGUCAGAAAGUUUCGGUGAAUUCAAUAGUUUAUUUUCGUUUGUACUAUCGCUGGAGGCGGCUAUUGUAAAAGCGAGCUGUUAUUUAUUCAAUCGAAACAAGGUGGAUAAAUUGAUUGGUAUGUUCGAAGAGGACUGUUGUUUAGCGCGGGAUGCCUUCGAGAAACGGGUCCGCAGAGUUUACGACGAUAAAUGCAAAAGACUAGCCAAAAAAAUUUUCAUCGUCUAUGAAUUGCUGCUGUUGUCAUUUCUGACAACACCGCUGAGUUUUGACGUGGAGUUGCGCGUUCUGCCUUACCCAGUGCUAUUACCCUACAGCCUCGCGAAUCCAAUAAACUAUUGGCUCUCAUAUGCUCAUCAAGCGAUCACUGCUUUCUACCUCGGGCACAUUGGAAUCACCAGUGAUCUCAUUGCCACAGGUUUCAUGUGGCAAUUAUGCGGACAGUUGGAGGUACUGAAGCACAGAUUGCAAGAAUUGCCUGGAAAAAUCGCCGAAAUCAGCCAGGUCGAAGUGGAGAAGCAGCUGCUUAAGGAGUGCGUGCAUCACCACGUUCAUCUGUAUAACAUUGCCGACGCGAUAACCGCCGCCUUCAGCGUCUACAUCGUUUUUCAGUUUUACGUGGAUGCUUUGGCGAUAUGCAUGAGCGUCUACCAAUUGUCCACAAUGACCACUGGCGUCGCCGACAAACUUGCUUACAUUCUCUAUAUUAGUAUAAUGCUCGGUCGGCUAUUUCUCAACUGCUAUUUUGGAAACGAAGUGGCCGUACAGAGCAAAAGUCUGGCCGAUGCGAUAUUCGAAAUUGACUGGACGCCGCUUUCUAUAGAAGUUAAGAAGAAUCUGUCGCUGAUGAUUCUAAGAUCGUCGCAUCCUAUCAUGAUUUCGAACAGAGCUUUCGUAUGUCUUAUGUUGGAGUCUUUUAUCAAGGUUGUUAAGAUAUCAUACUCGGGAUACAAUCUGUUGCAGUCAUCCGUAUAAGAAUAAAUUUCGAUCUAUAUUUUUGAAUACAUAAAAAUAAAAUAGCGAAGAAGAUCUAGCUAAUAGUAUUUUUUUACGAGCGCUAUUUUAGGGAAGCAAAAAAAACCUUGUCAUUAAGUAGCAAAUGCUGACAAGUUCGUUAGAGGCAAUAUUGUAUUCACGGUUAAAGCUCAGACAGCAACGACACACCUGUUGCACAUUAUAAGUCAUGCGAUAUCCAUAAGAUGCAGUUAACGAGCGAGUCGUG